AUGCAAGUUAAAGUGAAGACAUUGACUGGAAGAGAUAUCUUAGUUGAUAUUGAACCAACUGAUAAGAUUAUUAGAAUUAAAGAGAUGAUGGAAGAAAAAGAAGGUAUUUCCCCAGCUCAACAACGUUUAAUUUUUAAUGGUUCACAAUUAGAUGAUGAUAAGACUGUUCAAGAAUCAGGCAUCCUGGCAGGUGCUUCCUUACAUUUGGUGUUAACUUUAAGAGGUGGAUUUUAG